UUCAAUUGUUCCAGCCUCGCGAUACUCCUCGGAGUGGCACGAGCGCCCCAACUCCCCCAAAUAUAAGACCAAGUGGCUCACUACGAUCUGUUAUGCAAACCGCCAUCACUCGACUCAAUCUCACCUCUCCUACCACCCGUCUAGUGCACCAUGCCACCUCGCCGUUCUAAGAGGAUCAAGUUGACGCAUCCCUCAGAGGAUGCACCUACGGAGGCCGCCGCAGCUAAUUCCGCGACUAAGGUCGCUGUGGCAAAAGGCACGAAGCCACGACGAAAGCGCGGAAAACUUUCCGGCCUGACUAGUAUGCCUCUCGACGUUGUUAUUGAGGUUGUCAUGCACCUCGAGCCGUACGACUUGCUCAGCCUCGCACGGACGACCAAGAUAUUCCGGCAGUUCCUCAUGAGCAACAGCUCUGCGUUUCUGUGGACGGCGGCACGCGACAACCUCGAGGGCUACCCUCCCUGUCCUGAGGACAUGAACGAGCCCGCUCUCGCGAGCUUUCUGUACACAAACUACUGUUCCCGCUGCCUCAAACCCAACGUCAAGUGGAUAUACUGGGAUCUUCGCGCCCGCUACUGCAAAAGCUGUGCAGUAGAGCUGGGGCCAUCGCUCGAAGGCAUGAUGACCCUCCGCUACUUGUUCAAGCAAGCUCUCCCCGAUACAAUACCAGAGCUUAACGAGAGGCAGCUUGCUCUAUGGUUCUUCAUUCCUAGCUUCAACUACAAAUUUCGAGAGUCAGAGAUAAACGAGCUGCGGGACGCUCUCAGAGAGAGACCUGAAAAGUACAAAGAAGUCCUCGAAGAGCGACUGAAGAGAAUGCGGCAGAUAAGAGCGUGCAUUUCGGUUAUGCAGGGUUGGUACGACCAGAAACUGAAGGCUCGCGAAGAAGAGCUUAGAGCUAUAAGAAGCGAUAGAUACGCCGGCAUCAUGGACAGGCUUCGCGAACUGGGCUGGGAGGAAGAACUUCGCCGGGUCAUGAACUCCGAGACUGCGCAUGAUAUAUUCACAAACCUCCCUUGUGUAAAGGAGCCUCGGCUGCUGACCGACAGAACGUGGGCCAACAUCAGGGACACGCUCGUGCAAUGGCUGGAGGAGACGAGGGAACAGAUGAUACAAGAGGAACUUGUGCGCGUCACCCGCGUGCGGCUCAGAGUCUUUGAUCGCGCCCUGGGAGCCAUAUGCCCAUAUCGUCUUGGCGAGCCCUCACGCGUGGACAUUGCACUGGGAAUGCCCGAAGUCCGCGAAGUCGUCAACCGUCCGCCCAGGGAGACUAUCAAUGCGGAGAGCUUUGCCUUCUUGCGCGACGUCCUCCCUGCCUUCCGCACCCAGUGGCGGCGAGAGGCUGAAGCCUACCUUGGGGGCCUGGUGCGGGCGCAAGUGGGCAAGCUUCCCAAGGGCGUCGACCCAAUGGAACUCGCGGUCGGAGCUACCUUUCGCUGUCAACUCUGCGACCAUGUCGAGAAGUACCCCGAAGUGCUUUCACACGCGUGCGAAAGGCACGCGUUUGGUGAUGACGAAGAGAAAGGCGACCUGUACAGACAUAUCAUCCUCCAACAGUUCAAGCCCGAGUCGAGAUACCCCAGCAACGGACUCGUUCACUGGGACCCGCGCGUCUUCAAGUUCUCCGCGGAUACGAACACGAUGAGGCCGCUCGUUGAGCUGCUCGGACUCAAUUACCGGCGCGCCACCAGAGCUGACAUGGACGCUUCGCCGAAAAGGCUGGCGUGCAAGACGUGUGACACGGACGGCGUAAUUCGUGUCCUGAACUGGGCCUCGGCAUACGAGCACUACUCGUUGCUAUGGAGCGAACGGAUGACAGAAGAAGAGUACAGACAGUGGAAGAGGGAGGGCAGCGACACUUGGAAGGCCAAGGGCUGUUAUAUCGACGCCCUUUCCGAACACCAGGCCGAAGCAGCACGUUUGCUCGAGCGCACGGCCGAGAAAGACAGUGUGGGCAGUGUGAACGAUCGGGAUUGGUGGCUCUGCGGGCUCUGUCCGACGCUGGAGAGAUGUGGUGAUACUUGGUCUGGCCGGUAUUCCAAGGCCAGGGUUGUAGAACAUGUGCAGCAGAAGCACCAGAUUGAAGCUCCCGAUGCUGAACGGGACUAUUACUGCUUGUCCGCUCGUGCAUUCACGGACGGCAGACCCGAGGUGUAUCUUGUAUCCGAAGCGCUCCGCACCAGCGAGAAGAAGGUUGCAGAGAGUGAGUUUAAGAGGGGUGCUGCCGUGUACAUCGAUUUGGAGGAGUCGGAUGACGAAGCGGAAGCUGAGGCUGAGGCCGAACCGCCUCGCCCUGCCAAGAAUAAACAAGGCCGCCAGCAUCGAAAGAAGGCUGGCCGGAAAUGAUGUGUCCUUGUCCUUCAUCCUUUUUCGUCGCAUAUCUAGCUUCAGAACGCCAAUAGAAGAUGGCCCCACAUUGAUAAAC